AUGAACCUUGAGCAAGAGGCCAAAAUCCGAAAGGUCAAGGCGGUUGUCCAAGAGCAAAAGCGUCUUGACAAUGCAUAUGUGGAGGGACAUGAGGAGGAGGUCAAGAAUAGGCCCAGGUGUAAAAAGGGCCCACCUGUCCUCAUCAACGAGUUUGAUGACCACAACCAUCUCAAUGAUCUGGAUUUUGAGCUCAAUGGUGAUGAAGAUGAGAUUGACAACAUGGAUUGGGAAAAUGAGGAUAAACACAGGAAUCCAGUGCGUAGCAAGAAGUUGGGGAAGAAGAGCAGCAUGUCUUCAAAUUCUGUGAACAGCUCCAAGACUACGCAUAAAUGCAAACCAUCCACGGAUGAGCCCAAAGGGUCUGCUCCUGCAAAGAAAAAGGGCAAGGUGAGCAAAGGUGGCCCUCUCCCCUCAAAGCAACAUGUGCAGUCCAUUGCCUUGACAUGCAUGGACACAACUAGCGCAAUCCCUGAGGACAAAGACUACUUCUCAAAAUUUGGUGGCCCAGCAUUAGAUGACAACAUAGAUGAGGAGGUGGAGAAACUGACAGUGAAUCAAAAGAAGAAGCAUGGCUUGCCUCUAGUUGAUACUAAUAUCAGGGUCAAGACCGUUGUCAAGCCCAAAUCAUUGAAGGCCAAGUGUGGUGGCGCAGACAAAUGGGGUCUUCACCAUCUGCCACCAGGCACCUUGACCCUCUUCAGCGAGGCCAUUGUGCCUCUCCUCAAGCUUGAUGUUGCUUGUGGCAAGCCCUGGUCAACAGUUACAGUCAAGAUGGUCAAGAACCAUGUCAGGCAGAUCUACAGGGAUGAGCAUGUAGUGGAUGCAGAGUCAGCAUACUUUGGCCUGCACGACAUUGGCAAGCAUGCCAAAGCUGCUGUCUCCAGAAUGAUCUUUGGCUUCCCAAAGGGUGAGUUUCCUACCAUGGAGGAACUGGGAGAGUACAGAAUGCCUGAUAGAGAAGACAAGGGUCCCAGUGAUCCCAUUUAUGAUCUACUGAACAAUGAUGGCAUGGCCAACACGUCAGAAAUUGCAAAAUGGGGUGGUGGGACUAACAAGAAGGGAAUGUUCAUGUCCUUCCUUGUUCUCUACACCUACGUGCAGCUCCUAAUCACGCUUGAUGUGAUCUCUGCCACCUACUGCCCCAAACCCCAGUACCGCUUUCUCCUUGAAUCACACAACCUCAAAGGAGAACUUCUGCAGCAAGUCAAAGACAAAGACAAAGACAACUACCUCAAAUGUGUGUGUGAUAUUCACGGAGAUGAUGUCACCUGUGUCAAGAUUCUGAUACAUCCUAUUGGCGCAUUCCUUAUGUCUGGUCAAGCAGUGCAAAACUCCCAGGCUGAACUCUUCUCUUGUGUUGUUACAACAUUCAUCAUCGACAGCUAUAAGACGCUCAACCCCAACUCAGGGAUCCAGAUCGUUGUCCUCCUCAGCCAGAUCUCGCACCAGCUCGCCAACAUGAACAACAGCACUCCCUCAGGACACCCCAAUCUCCUCCCUUGUCUGCAACGCACUCCGGUUUCCAAGUCGUUCGAUGCGCGUCUGCUUGCCGUCCGUUCUCCGCUUCAGCACAGAUGUCACCGUUCGAGUCGCUUGGCUAUACGGGGGCUCUGA